GGCGCCUGCGCAGUGGAUGGAAAUGAGGACUUAGUCUGUUACACAACUGACUGGGCUGUUUAGGGAGCUGUGGUUUCCCUUUGGCCUCACGUCCUUCCCUCUCCCCGGGUUUUUCUUGCUUACGACCGUGGUAUAGGCAUGAGUGGGGAUCAGCUGCAUAACGACUCCCAGAUUGAUCCAGGUUUCCGAGCGAAUGAUUCGCACAAACAUAAAGAUAAACACAAAGACCGAGAACAUCGACACAAAGAGCACAAGAAGGAUAAAGACAGAGAAAAAUCCAAGUACAGUAAUAGUGAACACAAAGAGUUUUCAGAGAAAAAACAUAAAGAGAAGGAGAAAACCAAACAUAAAGAUGGUAGUUCAGAAAAACAUGAGAAACACAAAGACAAACACAAAGAUAGAGAGAAGGAGAAGCGAAAGGAAGAAAAGAGUAAAUCAUCAUCUGGUGAAAUGAAAAUAAAGAAAGAAAAAGAAAAUGGCUUCUCCAGCCCACCACGUAUAAAGGAAGAAAUAGAUGAUGAUGGCUAUUAUAAAGAAGAUUACAAGAGACCUCGAGAGGAUGAUGAUAUUGACUACAAACCUAAGAAGAUUAAAACUGAAGAUGUAAAAAAAUCAAAAAAACGAAAACAGGAAGAUGAAGAGGAGAUUAAACCGAAGAAAAUAAAGAGCAAAGAUAAGAAGCCCCCAGAAGGAGAAAUGAGAAAGAAAAAAACAAAAAAAGAAGAGGAACAAAAAUGGAAAUGGUGGGAAGAAGAACGCUAUCCUGAAGGUAUUAAAUGGAAAUUCUUGGAGCACAAGGGUCCUGUGUUUGCUCCCCCAUAUGAACCGUUGCCUGAAAAUGUCAAAUUCUACUAUGAUGGUAAAGUCAUGAAACUCAGUCCCAAAGCAGAAGAGGUUGCAACUUUCUUUGCAAAAAUGCUUGAUCAUGAGUACACUACAAAGGAUAUCUUCAGGAAAAACUUCUUUAAAGACUGGAGAAAGGAAAUGACUUCAGAAGAGAAGGGAACCAUCACCAGCCUCAGCAAAUGUGACUUUGGUCAUAUGAGUCAGUAUUUCAAGGCCCAAACAGAAGCUAGAAAGCAAAUGACCAAGGACGAAAAGCAGAGAAUUAAAGAAGAGAAUGAGCGGUUAUUAAAAGAAUAUGGUUUUUGUGUCAUGGAUAACCAUAAGGAAAGAAUUGCCAACUUUAAGAUUGAGCCUCCAGGUCUCUUCAGAGGGCGUGGUAACCACCCUAAAAUGGGCAUGCUGAAGCGACGAAUAAUGCCUGAAGACAUCAUCAUCAAUUGUAGCAAGGAUUCUAAAGUCCCUCCCCCUCCCUCUGGCCAUAAAUGGAAAGAGGUUCGGCAUGAUAACAAAGUAACCUGGUUGGUAUCAUGGACUGAGAAUAUUCAAGGAUCUAUUAAGUACAUCAUGUUGAAUCCCAGCUCUAGAAUCAAGGGUGAGAAAGACUGGCAGAAAUACGAGACAGCUCGAAGAUUGAAGAAAUGUGUAGAUAGAAUUCGAAAUCAAUAUCGAGAAGACUGGAAAUCCAAAGAGAUGAAAGUGCGCCAAAGGGCUGUGGCAUUGUACUUCAUUGAUAAACUUGCUCUGAGAGCUGGCAAUGAGAAAGAAGAAGGGGAGACUGCUGACACAGUGGGCUGUUGCUCCCUCCGUGUGGAACAUAUUAAUUUGCAUCCAGAAUUAGAUGGUCAGGAAUAUGUAGUAGAAUUUGAUUUCCUUGGAAAAGACUCCAUAAGAUACUAUAACAAAGUACCUGUUGAGAAAAGGGUGUUUAAGAAUCUUCAGUUAUUCAUGGAAAAUAAGCAGUCAGAAGAUGAUUUAUUUGAUAGGCUUAAUACUAGCAUUUUAAAUAAGCAUCUUCAAGAUCUUAUGGAAGGGCUGACAGCUAAGGUAUUCCGAACAUAUAAUGCCUCUAUUACGCUACAGCAACAACUGAAGGAACUCACAACCCCGGAUGAUAACAUCCCAGCAAAGAUCCUAUCUUACAAUCGUGCCAACAGAGCUGUUGCUAUUCUUUGCAACCACCAGAGGGCACCUCCAAAAACCUUUGAAAAAUCCAUGAUGAAUUUACAGACCAAGAUUGAUGCCAAGAAGGAACAGUUGGCUGACGCCAAGAGAGAACUAAAAAGCGCCAAAGCUGAUGCCAAGAUCCGAAGGGAUGAGAAGUCUAAAAAGACUGUGGAAACUAAGAAGAAGGCUGUACAAAGGGUGGAGGAACAGCUGAUGAAGCUGGAAGUUCAAGCAACAGACCGAGAGGAAAACAAGCAAAUAGCCUUGGGUACCUCCAAACUAAAUUAUCUGGAUCCUAGAAUUUCUGUUGCUUGGUGCAAGAAAUUUGGAAUACCGAUAGAGAAAAUAUAUAAUAAAACUCAGCGAGAGAAAUUUGCCUGGGCAAUUGACAUGGCAGAUGACGACUACGAGUUUUAAUAUGAUUUUAAUGGGAUGGAUUUUAUGGAAGAAAAUAGCCUGAUUUUAGGGAGAUUGAUAAACUGUGAGCCUUACUUGUUCUUUAUAUUGGGGGGCGGGGGGUGUCAGAGGGGAAAGUGAGUGAUGAAAUACCCAACAUCUUUGAGUAAAGAUAUGCCUGGAAAUAUUGUAGAGGAGCCAAGACAGUUGUCCUAUGGACAACUUAUUUAAAUCUGUUUCAGAGACCUAAAUUCUAGCUGUAUGGUUGUGUUUUAUCUCUGGAGUACAGUAAGGACAAGUGAAUGGAGGAAUUUGUUAAUGUUCUACCUGACAAAUUUGCCAUUACAUUGACGAGCUUGAAAAUCAUUAUCUACUGUAUACAGAAUCCAAUGAGAUAUUGAUAUGUUUUUACAGUUAGGGUUUUGCAAUAACUUCUAUAUUUUAAUAGAAAAUGGACUCCUUAAUUUCUCCCCACCCCACCCUCAUUAAUUUAACACAACUGAAGCCCUUAGCACACUGGUUUUGGCCACAAUGGUCCUGGAAACACCCUGUUGUUUUCAUUUUUACUUGUCACCAUCAUGGUAAUGAAACCUAGAAUUAAAAAUGCAACAUCUCUUCAAAGCAAAGCAUGAUGGGAAGAUCCUUCCUGACUUGAGUGUUACUUCUUUUGUUAAUGUGAAUUUUUAGUACUUUUAAUUAUUUUAAAAUAUUUAAACAUUUUUUUUCUUCUUGAUCUUAAAGAUCAUGUAGAUUUGCAGAAGAUAGGAGGGAAAGGGCUGGGGAGGGUUAAUAGAUUAUGAGUACAAACAAAUUUGUGACAAAAUGUAUUCCCAUCAUACUUUGUUCUGAGUACAUUAUAUAUAUAUAUAUGUAUAGAUAUAUAUAUGAGAAAUAUCCACAUUUGUGGGUUUUGUUUUGUUUUUCCUAUGGCAGAUUUUUUUUCUCCCCCCACCUUUUUUUUUUUUUUUUUAAUAAAAAAGCCUUUCUGCUCUCUUUUACUUGAAAGAUUUUAUUGUGUAAAAAGAACUUUCACAGGUCAAUAAAAUUUUGAGGGAAGUGAGCUUUGGUCCAGAAAAAAAAAAUUUAAAAAAAAAAUCAAGAUUUAGGGCUUUUAUUUUUUUCUUUUGUAAUUGUGUACAAAAAAUAAUAAAAAAAUAAAGCAGAAUUUUAAUGUGAACCCUUUUUUGCUAUAAUCCAUUAGAUUUAGAAGUAUUGUUAGCUUAAUGUGGUGCAAAGGCAAGUUUCCCCGCAGUCUCUCCUUGACAAGUAUCUUCUAUUUUUAUCAUGAAUUCCCUUUUAAUCAACUGUAGGUUAUUUAAAAUAAAUUCCUACAACUUAACACAA